CUUAAAUUGGAAUUAAAGACGUACAUUUUAAUACAAAUAUGACCCAGAAUGCAGCCAAAUUCAAGUUUACCAACUUUGUGUGUGACUCAGUGAACCCAUUUUGGGUGGAGAUCUACCAAUGUCGAUUAAAGGCCAUUCGAAGGGACAAGACCAUACUCAACUUCAACGCGACCCUCUUGCAAACCAUCAGAAAAGCCAAGAUUCACGGACAAAUGUUCAAAAGAGCCAAUGGCUGGAAGCCCUGGCUCUAUAAUAUAUCUGUGGAUGGUUGCAGAUUUGUGCGGAAUCCCUAUGUGCCAGUAGCUGCCCUCGUCUUUAGUAUUUUUAAGGACAAUUCCAAUUUCAAUCAUUCCUGUCCCUACUCGGGCAUCGUUUAUGUCAUGGGUGUGCACGUGUUCCCGGAAACAAUCCCAGUUCCUCUUCCCUCUGGGGAUUACUUAAUUUUACUUAAAUGGUACUUUUCUAAUAGCCGAAAUAUUUCCACCGAAUUGGUCCUUUCCACGGGAAUUUAUUUUUCAUUUGACGAAUAG